AUGGCCAUGGCAGCUGCUCUCCUUCUCCUCCUCCUUGCCGCUCCGGCCACCUAUGCCGUGCAGCACGUUGUUGGUGGUAGUUCAGGCUGGACCAACUCCGGAGAUUAUGCUACUUGGGCUGCCGGCGAAAAGUUUAACGUCGGCGACACACUUUUGUUCAAUUAUGAUAGCAGCCACAGUGUGGACCAAGUUAAUCAAAAUGACUAUGACAAUUGUGCCACUGGCAAUGCCCUUCAAUCCUACAAUGGUGGCCAAACCACAAUUACCCUGAAAUCACCCGGGUCAAUCUACUUCAUAUGUCCUUCAUUUGGUCACUGUGGGGGAGGCAUGAAGCUAUCAGUCAAUGUUGUGGCAGCAAGCACCCCUGUUGGAGGUGGAACCCCGGUCGCCACCCCAUCACCGCCCUCCAGCUCGACUUCUUCCGGCAGUCCACCCUCGACAACCACCACCCCUGCUAAUAAAGUUACUCCAGCAUCACAAACCGGAGCAGCCAGUGGUUUUGCUAGCCUGAACAGUCUGGUGGUCGGAUUAUUUUCGACGAUUGUGGUUGCAUUUAUGGCCUAG